GCAAAAGUUUUAGCUGAAAUGGCUCGAGUGCAUUCCGUUGGUGAUUGUAUCGCAGUUACGGCUAAAACGAAAUUGAGAAUAUUCACGUUUGAAAUUAAUAAUUCAGUGUUGAAUUUGAAACUUGUGAAAUUGGUCGAUGUCGACGUAUCAUUUGAACAAUUAUCUAAAUCAUCAACUAAAGAUGAUAAAUUGCCAACUGAUAACGGCAGUGAUAAGGGUGAUAGUAACAAUCAGACCGGAUGUGACACUGUAUCAUCGUCGUCGAAUCGAACUGCCGAUAUCACUGCAAAUAAAACCAACAAAAAUCCGCACCGUGAAAUUGACAAACAGGUUUGCAAUAAAUUUUUCCAUAUAUUAUCAAGUUCGUUCUCAGAUGAUGGCCGUUUGAUUGCAUUAGUGACGUCGAUGAAAACAUGUCUUGUUUAUGAACGGCAAACCGAUUGGAGCAAAUCGCAGUGUAUUGCUGCGUAUCAUCUACCGAAGGCACCGUCCGCGGUUAUAUUCGAUGCCAAGCGAGAAUAUGUGAUCGUUUCGGAUCGUGCCGGUUAUGUGUGCAGAUAUAAACUAGACUCUAGCGGUGAUAUGCACUCUGCUUCCACGAACACUAAUGCUGCUGACCCUUCAAAUGGCAUUCCGCAGCCUGGCUCAAGCUCAUUGCCGUUGAUGAGUUUGACAUUGGAUUGGUAUCUGCUGAAUUUGUUCAAAUUAAUUUUAUUCGAAUUUAUUUUAUGUGGUGAUGGUACAGUUCGAGUGUGGAAUAUUGAAACUGGUGAAACGGAAGCAGUCUAUGAUGAAUUCGAUAAAAAACCCAUCAGCUUGAUGCGGAAAUGUGAUCCAGGAUCCGAGCACCCAACGGAUGAGAUCACUUUGGCAGUUGUGCUCAAAGAAAGUGCGAUCGUAAAUGUUUUGGCAUUCAAUGUCGAGAAAUUAUCGUUUCGUAAAUUAUGUGAACUGAACGCAGCAUCGAAUAUUGUCGAUGUAGCUUUUUGUAAAGAAAAUUGUAUUGUUGCCUUAAGCAAUGAUUCGGUUCUGUUUGGAGAAAUUCGAUCGGGAGGAGGAAGAUUAGAAGUGGUGCAAGGAACUGAUGAAUAUCUAGUGAACGAUCUGAAAGAAGCUCGAGAUGGUUUACCGUGUUUGGAAAAGAAAAUCGGAUUCGAUAAUAUGAGUGAAUAUCGACAGAGAAAACUUGAAAGAAUUCAGAACAGGAAGCGAAAAGCUGAAAAAGUCGAGUAG